AUGUCUGCGACAGAAACAUUCUCUGCCCCUGCAGAGGUACACACCUUUGAUGGCCUUCUCUCUGAUUUUGAUGGUACCAUUGUUGACUCUACAGAUGCAAUCGUGAAGCACUGGCACCAAAUCGGUGCCGAACUGGGCGUCGACCCCAAGACUAUCCUAGCCACCUCCCACGGUCGUCGCAGCAUUGAUGUUAUGGGACUAUACGACAAGACCAAGGCCAACUGGGACUACGUCAACUACAUCGAAGGCCGCAUCCCCCAAACGUGGGGCUCCGACGCCGUCGAAAUCCCCGGCGGCCGCGACCUCCUCAACGCCCUCGACAGCUCCUCCGCGAAAUGGGGUGUCGUGACAUCCGGUACUCGCGCCCUGAUUGACGGCUGGCUCGGCGUUCUGGGCCUCACACACCCGAAGUACCUCGUCGUCGCCGAGGACGUCGAGCUGGGCAAGCCGGACCCCCGGUGCUACCAGCUCGGAGCGAAGAAGAUCGGACUAGAGGGCUCGACGAAUAUUGUCGUGCUGGAGGAUGCGCCGAGUGGAAUCAAGGCUGGUAAGGCGGCGGGAUACAAGGUGAUUGCACUGGCUACGACGCAUUCUAUCGCGAAGAUCCGGGAAGCUGGCGCAGACUGGAUUGUUGAGGACUUGCGCAGCGUCUCGGUCAAGGGUGUUGUGGAUGGGCAGGUUCAGAUUGAGAUUCGGAAUGCGCUGCAAUAG